CCACCCAAACGUAAAGCGCCCGCCGCCGCUUCUGCUUCUACCUCCAAACGGCGAUCCAAACUCGCCAAAGAAAACGACAUUUCCGCCGAAGAAGAAAGUGAAAUCCAAGAAGCCUUUGCACUCUUCUGCAGCAACAGCAACAGCAAAGACUCUUCCCCCGCGACAAUCCGCACCAUCGAUAUCCGCCGCAGUCUCAUCGCGCUCAACGCAGCACCAGGCAACAAAGACGACUUGCAAGAACUCAUCGACAUUGCAGAUCCCGACGCAGAUGGAGUAGUAGAUUACGAGCAUUUCCUACCUGUAGCGGCGUUGCAGGUGAAUCGGGCGAAAAAUGAAAGAGAUGAAGAGCAGCAGAGUGCCGAGGUGGAGAAGGCUUUUGCGUUAUUUACGAGAGGAGAGGAGAGAGAUAUUACGUUGGGGGAUUUGAAGAGGAUUGCGGCGGAAUUGAGAGAGGAUGUUCCGGAGAGUGUGCUGAGGGAUAUGGUGAGGGAGGCUAAAGGCGGUGGGUUGGGAGGUGUGGGUAAGGAGGAGUUUGAGGGCGUGAUGCGGAGGGCAGGAGUGUUAGGAUGAGGGUGGGAGGGCCGUCUUGCCUCGUUGAAGCCGCGCGCCAGUCUUCCGAGCGUGGCUGUGAGUCGGAGGUGGAGGCCUCGUGUGUCGUGUGUGUGGGUGUGGAUGUUUGUCUUUCCUGGCGUCAUAGAGGAUAUACCCGGUGCGUAUUUUGAUCCCCGUACAAAAUUUCCUACCGUCCCGUUUAGCUUCUCCGCUACCAUUCCAAUACCAAUCUAGAUUCGAAUCCUCUUUCGUCGAACGCGAUGGAAUCUCCUCAAUUUCUUUGUCUCAAGAAAUCCCAUCUGGGCAUUAUGGCCUCGAGAGUGCGAGAUCGAUUGGUGAGUGGCAUGAACGCAUACGUUUCUCACAGUCAGCGAAGCCAAGCCAAGCCGACACUCGCAUCCCGUCCGUCAAACAGCGCACAGGAGAAGAAUUCGCUCCUCCGGGGCCGACUACGACCAAUACUCCUUCCCCACCAAAACUCAACGCAACCGACGUCACGAACUGGAGCUCGUGGAAACGUACCGGAAAACAACAGUGAAGUCAAAUACUCUAUUUACCCCGAACCACGUUUUGCACGAAUAACGUGGAAAGAGACCCUGAAGAAUUGUCUUCACGUCCUCACUUUUUUUUCCAUCCACCGCAAAAAACAAUGGACACGCCGCAAAUGGCAGCACGGCUUUCCAUCAGGUGGGUGUAGUCGAGGAAACAGGCAAUCUAACUUACCCAGACUGUCCAUGGGGAAUUUUUACCUUUCACCAUGCGCAAACAUGAUUCCCUUCGCUGUUUGGGUGUCUUCAUCUUGCUUUCUCAUACCAUGGAAAUUUUUACCUCGCGCCAUGCGCAAGCAGGAGUCUUCGCUCAUGGUGUUACCAUAUUUCUCUCAGACCGUGGUUCCAGCUGGUAAGAGACUGGUUCUCGCUCAUACGAAGAUGGGUCUUUGCGCCUGGUGUCCUCAUUUUUCUCUCAUAUCGUGGUACGGCCACUCACGGUAUUCGUAUCGCUGACCAU